UCUAAAAUAUCAUAUCCGGUUUGUCGAAGAUGUAAACAAGUAGUCUUUCAUCUGCACCCGAAGAAUAGGCUGCCGAAGAAAGUGUUUCCUUAUCUGUAGAAUAUAAUCAUGUGGUCCCCUACCGAUUCUCCUUGGUCCCCUAUAGCGUCUCCACUAAAUCAGGCUCACCAACUUGGACGGCAGGCUGAUGUUUAUGUAAAAUCUGGUAAAUUUGAAGAGGCUUUGAACUGUCAUAAACGUGCAGCAGAGUGUGUAUUAGAGGCUAUGUCUGAAGUAAAUUCGGAACAAGCAAAAGAUUCACUCCAACUACAGCAUCGUCACCAUAAUCGACAACAAGAAAUAAUUCGACAAAAAGAAAAGAAUGUCCAGCAAGAAGAAUUAAAGAAAUCAGAUCCUUCUCAUUCAGCUACUUCAGGAUUACCUCAGAGUACACCAAAUAGUCCAAAAGCAGAUUUUGAACCCCGUAUUGUCACUCUUUAUCGUACUAUUGAAGAAAAUGAUUCUUUAAUUCAGUAUCUCAUAAGUCGAAACCAGUCUCAUGCACCUAAAAACUUAGAUACUUUAUCUGAUAGUAUAAAUUUUCGCAUUCAUGCUCCAGCACAACCUGUUAUGACCAAAAUGCCAAAAGAUGACAAACAAGUUAUUGAAGAACUGCAAAUUCAAAAUGAGGAUCUCCGCAAGCAUAUUUUAUUACUAUUAAAAGAAGUGGAAAAUUACCAAUCCUUACAAAAAAGUUACCAAGAAGAAAAUGAACUGUUACGUCUUAAAAUUGAAAACCUGGAAAAAAAGCUUGAAAUUAAAUCCAAGAAAACAACUGCCAAUGAGUAUCAAACUUAUGUUGAUGAAGUACUUACUCCACUGGAAACUCCACAGUUUAAUUAUAAAGAUAUGACAUUAAGAACUUUAUGUAACUCCCAGCCUUUAUAGCUCUAUUUUAGCAAUAGGCAUGUCCAGUUCUGCUGUUGAAUGAUGACUUUUUAAAAAAUUUAUUUCUGAUUUAAUCUAAAUGUAAUCAUUACUGAUUGUCAAAAUUUCAUUAAAAUAUUUUUGUUCAGAUGUUGAAACAGAUGGGCAUCAACCUCAAAUUUGUGCAUAUGCCAUUUAUUAACAGAUAAAAUGAUGACAAAUAGAAAACAAAAUAUAUUGUUUUCCCUUUUUAUUUAUAAUAAAAUAAAUAACAUCUAUAACCUU